AUGGCGGCCGACCCUCAAAACCUUCCCGACCCGGUUGUCGAUAGCACCAUCCGGCAGCUCCUUGACCAGCAAGCCGAGAUUCAAGCAAGGCUUGCCACCCUGCUUCCCAGGCAUGGCCCCAACAUCAAAUUGGAGCUAGACAUGCUCCGCCAUAAGCUGCGGUGUUUGCAAGUCUACUCCGAUCAUCACCAUAUAUCUGCCAACAUUCCUAUAGUAUCUGAGCUAGAGGAGGCUAGGUCGUUGCAGUAUCGGUGCGAGUGCAUCGAAACUGCUUGCCUAGAACAAGGUCAUGAUCUGUCAGAUUCAGCGAUGGUCGAGACUCUCAAACAGCCACUCUUUGAAGAGGCGCCCGCAGGCUACGCAGCUUGGCUCGAUCGGAACCUGGCCAGUUAUGACCCAGUUGUACGCGGGUGGAGGAUUAGGGAUAGUCUGUCACCGUCUUCUCGAUCUGCAUCUUCCUUCAAAUGCUGGGAUGAGCGGUGCAUACACUACAUAUAUGGCUUCUACAACAAGAACGACCGAGACAGUCAUGUGCGAGAGCAUAACUUCUAUUUUCACCGGGACUCGGGCAUGUCUGUUGGCAACACUCCACCUCUGUCGUUUCUUGAGUCCUCAGCAUCCCGGCCUUGGGGGCUCGACGCUGGCAAACAUUCGUUAGCCUUGCAGCUUCCAAAGCCUGCGGCUGGUGUUCAACUAGCACCACUUACAGGUACAGGUCCGUCGAGAGACCGCCGCGAUACUCUGCAGUCCUACUCUAUUAUAAAUGAGCAUUCUGGGCCUGGAAGAGGCUCGGUUGAUUCUGAAGUCGACCCCCUGCUUCCACCUCUAAAGCGCAGCCGGGUUGGACAAUCUCGUCUUCAAUCCAUCGGUGAGCUAAGGUUACUUCCAGGCUCUGAGCCCUGUUUGCGCUGCAUCGUGACAAAACAGCCAGUGAGACUAUUUCUACCCUAG